AUGGGAAGGCCAAGACUCGAGGGCCAUAUCACGUCCGCUAGGCUUACUACCAGACGCCCGGCAGCUUGGCUGUCGGAGCAUCGGAGUUUGAAGCCGUGGCUUAUACCCCCUCGCCUUCUCCUCAUCUCUACUUCCACCAUCGCCACCAGACGACAUCUGCUUGGCUGUACGUGUCUGCACCUACUCUCGCCCUCUUCCACACCGCAAAUGGCUUUCACGAUUUUCCGUGAUGAUGCGCCUCCAUCUGAGGUCGAGACCUCUGCAGAGGUGGCCACACCAUCUCCCAUGAGAGCUAUCGCUCCUCUCAAUGCUAGUUCCCUGAUUGUUUUCCGUCCUGACAAGGAAAACAUCGACCCGUUAACCGGCCUACGCUCCAAUACGGAGUUAUCAAGCAAGAAACGCAAAACCAAUGUGUUGGCCACCAAAAUUCAUGCUCCGCCACCUUCGAAGAAGGCAAAGGAGUCGAAGGACUCCAAGAAUCGCGUCGAGAAAACGACGUCAGCUGCAAGGGUCCGCGUUGUGGCCGAUAAAAAACGCGGAGGGUCGAAGCGAGUUGGGGGCGCGGGACCCAGCCGGGCCAGGCGAUCGCCUUCACUGCCGCGGGUCGUGGAAGAGGUGGACGAGAGAACAGACCGAGAUGGCGUGUCACAAGGCGCAAUCAACUCGCGUUGCUACGAGUUGACGGUGCUUCCGCUUGCGGAUAUUUCAGAGGCGUAUGAAGCGGUGCCGUCAUUGGAGGCCGAUCUCGUUGCUCUUGUUGAAGACGUCAAGGAUGUCCUCACGAAGGCAUUGGAGGUGGGAGGCACAGAGACUUCUCGCGGCGUUUCUCCGGUACCGGUAUUGAAGUCGGUGUCUCCUGUUCGCCCUAGAGAAAGCGUCUCCACCUCCGCCACUCCUGAGCGCGAGGGGAUUCAUUCUACGUUCACCUUUUCUUCACCGUCCCCGUCAGGAAAGCGCUAUGCAGCGUCGAAGAGGCUGCCGAAGCACAGUUCCUCCGAUGCCGUCAUCGAAGUGAAGCAUUGA